AUGAAAUCAAGACCCAUCAUACUCAGAGCACUAAAGGCAAGGCAGGCAUCCACAAAUCGGAUCAUUGCACCGCCUCGUCCGUCCAUCAUCCCUUACCGACCUUUACAUUCCAGUUCUCGGCAGUUCAACGAACACACCUCCCAUUCCGAUCCCAAGUCGGGCGGCCAAUCUAAUCCCAAUCAGUCACAGUCCAACCAGUCCAAGUCUCGUUCACGACAAUCUGAGGAAGUGGCCGGUCCGCCUCAAUCCCCGUUCAAAGUCUUUAUCGAAACAUUGAAACAGGAAAUCAAGGCUAAUCAGGGAUGGCAAGACAAUGUCAAGCAGCUUCAAGGAGAUGUCGACAAAUUGGCCGACACUCAGGCGAUGCGAAGAGCUAAGGAACUGUACGAGAGAGCACGUAUAAUGGGUAUGAUCAAAGAUAACCCCCGGAUACAAUCGGCAUUGGACGAUUUGAAGAAACGGGGUGUGAGCGCCAGUGAGGCCAUUAGUAGAGGUCUGGAAGAUAGCGGAGUGAUUAGUGCUAUACAAAGCACUUAUGGCUGGGCCGCGGAUACAACGGCCCGGUUGACGCAACCUUUUAGGGAUACUCCCAUGUAUAAAGCCUUGGCGGCCAAUAUAGAGGAGGCGUUUGACGAUACGGCAGGGGCUGGGAGUCGGUAUGGUGGGUAUGAAGAAAAGGAAGAGAGACGGAAGAGGAGGGAAUUGAGGGCUCAAAAAGCCGGAAAGAUAGCAAAGAAGAGAGUCAAGGCUAAUGCUGAAGCCGGUGAAGCACUUGUAUUGGCAUCAGACUCUGAACCCACAUCCUCACGCUUCUCAUUCCUUACAUCUUCUCCCACUUUCCAGCGACUCAAAGAGGCUUACUACGAGUCCGACUCCCCCGCCGUCUCAGCUUUGAGAUAUGUUACGACCACAGUCGGACGAUGGUCGGAGGAAAAUGAGACUGCUCGUGUCAUUAGGGCAAUGAGAGAGAUCGAUCCAGAUUUCCAGUUGGAAAGUUGGACGAGGGAACUGAGAGAAUACAUUGUUCCCGAGGUGGUGGAUGCGUACUUGUCAGCGGAUAGAGAAUCCUUAAAGGCAUGGUGCGGGGAGGCGACGUACAAUGUUCUCUGGGCCACUAUGGGUCAAUACAUCAAACAAGGUCUCAUAUCCGAUUCCAAAAUUCUUGACAUCAAACACGUCGAUGUCACCGAGGGAAAGAUGCUUGAGAACGGUAUCCCAGUGUUUAUCAUUACCUUUGCCACUCAAGAGUUGCUACUUUUCAGGAAUGCCAAGACUGGUGAUGUGGUAGUGGGGAGCGAAAAUGAUGUCGAGACAUGUCGGUAUGCGUUGGUGAUAACGCGGGUGGAGACGGAAUUGGAAAAUGAGUUGACGGGUGGGUGGAAGGUAGUCGAAAUGGCUCGGAGAGGUACGAAGGGGUAUAUGUGA